AUGUCCGCUGUUGACGCAGUUGAAAAGAAAGUCGAAGACUUGUCUGUUAAGGAUGGGGAACCAAAAAAAGCUCCACAAAAGCCUUCCAGAAAGGAAAGAAAGGCCGCAGAAGCAGGCGGUAAGGGUCCAGGUUCUUUGUACUUGGAACCACAACCAGCGUUUAUUGAUUCGCGUGUGAAGCUUUUCGAUGAAUUGAAGGCUAAAUAUGAUGCUGAAGUCGCUAGCAAGGAACGUAAGCCAAUUCAAAUCACUUUGAAAGAUGGUAGUGUCAAGGAAGGUACUUCGUAUGAGACCUCGCCAAUGGAAAUUGCUACUCUGAUUGGUAAAUCGUUUGCGGAAAGACAAGUUAUUUCCAAGGUUAACGGUGAACAAUUAUGGGAUUUGGAAAGGCCAUUAGAAGGUGACGUCAAGUUAGAUUUCUUAGAUUUUGAACAUCCAGAAGGUAAAUCCGUUUUCUGGCAUUCUUCUGCGCACGUUUUGGGUGAAUCUUGUGAAUGCCAUUAUGGUUGUCAUUUGUCCCACGGUCCUCCUACUGAUGACGGUUUCUUUUAUGAUAUGUCUAUCAACAAUGGUGAAGGUGCGGUUACCCAAGCUGAUUUCGGUAACUUAGAAAAGGUUUCUACCAAGGCUAUCAAGGAAAAGCAAAAGUUCGUUAGAUUAGAAAUGACCAAGGAAGAUUUGUUGAAGAUGUUCAGCUACAAUAAAUACAAAGUCCAAUUUAUUAGCGAUAAGAUUCCAGAUGGAACAUCUACCACUGUUUACAGAUGUGGUCCAUUAAUCGAUUUGUGUGUUGGACCUCAUAUUCCUCAUACCGGUAAAAUCAAGGCUUUCAAAGUCUUGAAGAACUCCUCUUCGUAUUUCUUAGGUGACGCUGCCAAUGACUCUUUACAAAGAGUUUACGGUAUUUCGUUCCCAGAUAAGAAAUUAAUGGAUGAACAUUUGAAAUUCUUGAAGGAAGCAUCAGAAAGAGAUCACAGAAGAAUUGGUAAGGAACAAGAAUUAUUCACCUUCAAUGAAAUGUCUCCAGGUUCUGCUUUCUGGUUGCCACAUGGUACCAGAAUUUAUAACACCUUGACUGAUUUGAUGAGAAAGGAAUAUAGACAAAGAGGGUACGACGAAGUUAUUACUCCUAAUAUGUACAACUCCAAAUUAUGGGAAACUUCUGGACACUGGGGUAACUAUAAGGAAAACAUGUUCUCCUUUGAAGUGGAAAAGGAAACAUUUGGUUUGAAACCAAUGAAUUGUCCUGGUCAUUGUUUGAUGUUCAAAUCUCGUGAAAGAUCAUACCGUGAAUUGCCAUGGCGUGUUGCUGAUUUCGGUGUUAUCCACAGAAAUGAAUUGUCCGGAGCCUUGUCUGGUUUGACCAGAGUUCGUCGUUUCCAACAAGAUGAUGCUCACAUUUUCUGUACCCAAGAACAAAUUGAAUCUGAAAUCGGAGGCGUCUUUGAUUUCUUGCAAAAAAUAUACGGUGUUUUUGGCUUUGAGUUCAAGAUGGAAUUGUCUACUAGACCAGAAAAAUACGUUGGUGAUAUCGAAACCUGGAAUAACGCUGAAGCCAACUUAGAAAAUGCCUUGAAUACUUUCUUGGGUAAGGGUAAAUGGGAAUUAAACCCAGGUGAUGGUGCUUUCUACGGUCCAAAGAUUGAUAUCAUGAUCAGUGAUGCAUUGAAGAGAUGGUUCCAAUGUGCAACUAUCCAAUUGGAUUUCCAAUUACCAAACCGUUUCGAAUUAGAAUAUAAGGCUGAAACUAAUGACAAGUCAAACACUAUUGGUAGACCAGUCAUGAUUCACAGAGCCAUUUUGGGUUCCGUUGAAAGAAUGACUGCUAUCUUAACUGAACAUUAUAAGGGUAAAUGGCCAUUCUGGUUAUCACCAAGACAAAUCCUCGUUGUUCCAGUUGGUGUCAAGUACUUUGAAUACGCACAAUCGCUUCAAAAUAAAUUAAACAAGGAAUACGGUUUCUACGCUGAUGUGGAUGUUUCUGGUAAUACUUUACAAAAGAAAGUUAGAACCGGACAAGUCUACAAAUAUAACUUCAUCUUCAUUGUCGGUGAACAAGAACAAGAACAACAAGGUGUCAAUGUUAGAAAUAGAGAUAUCCAAGAAGAACAAGGUAAGAAUGACAUGGUUAAAUUCGAUGAUGUUGUUCAACAAUUAAUCAAAUUAAGAGAAGAAAUGAGACAAGACAAUAAAUUAAUUUAA